AUGGUAAGGGAUGACGCAUCCGUGAGCAUAAAGGUGCUCCUAAACGCCACGGCAGCGCACUUUAUCGCAUUCGCACUAGUAGAGGGUGAGAAUACAGAGUCCUGGACAUUCUUUCUCUCGCACCUUCGACAGCACGUGACCCCGCAGCCCGGUCUGCUGGUUAUAUCGGACAGGCACAACGGCAUCAAGGCUGCGCUUGAGGCCCCUGACGGAGGUUGGUUACCGCCAUCUGCGUACCGUGCAUUCUGUAUACGACACGUAGCGGCUAAUUUUGCCCUUACCUUCAAGGGCAAAGACGCUAGGAAGCUUCUAGUGAAUGCAGCGUAUGCGAAGAUCGAGGUUGAAUUUGAUUACUGGUUUGAUAUUCUGCAGUCUGAAGACCCAGUGAUGUGUGAGUGGGCGAACCGGAUUGAUUACUCCUUGUGGACUCAGCAUCGUGAUGAGGGGCGGAGAUUCGGUCACAUGACGACGAACAUCUUCGAGUGUAUGAACUCAAUCCUCAAGGGGGUCAGAAAUCUCCCUGUAGCAUCCCUGGUGAAGGCAACAUAUGGUAGGCUUGCGUGCUUCACGGUGACGUUGUAUGACCGGGAUAACUCCAAGUUCACCAUAGCAGAGACCACUCUGACUGGUUCUUUCUCCUUGGGUACUUACAGAGUAUCACUUGCCUCUCGGACAUGUGACUGCGGGUACUUCCAGGCGCUUCAUUUCCCGUGUCAGCACGCACUUGCAUGCUGUGCCUACUCACGGGUCACCUGGACCUCUUACGUUCACAGCGUCUAUCAGAUUAGCUUGGUGUUCAGUGUGUAUCGGAUGGGAUUCACACCUCCGAUCCCGGAGGGCUUCUGGCCACCUUACGACGAGCCCACGGUGAUUCCGGACCCUGACAAGAGGCGUGCGAGAGAGGGUCGUCCUAGAUCCACAAGGAUACGGACGAAUAUGGACGAGGCAGAUCCGAAUCGGCCAAAGAGGUGCGGCCUAUGUCGCCAACCCGGACACACACGACGUUGUUGCCCUCAGGUUGGAGGAUCUUCUCAGACAGGGUGCCAUUAG